CACACACACACACACACACGCUCCUCCACCAUGGCCAAACCGUCUCCUUGACCUCGUUCUUCUCAAGCAGUCAAGCUCAACACCAUUACUCCAUCCAAGCUAGUAUCCAACACCAGCCACAACCCAUGGCACCUGUGUAGCGGCUAGCUUCUUCUCUCCUAGCUAGGGAGAUGGUGGGGACGGGGGCGUUGGGCUCCGUCAUCGUCAAGCUCGCCACCUUGCUCGGCGACGGGUACACGAUGCUCAAGAGCGUUCGCAAGGACGUCGCGUUCCUCGAGCGCGAGCUCCGCACGAUGCAGAUCCUGGUGAGCAUGCUGGCGGGCAUGGAGGGGCUCGACAAGCUGGCCAUGGGCUGCAUGGGUAGCAUGCGGGAUCUUGGCCACGACAUGGAGGAGUGCAUCGACCGCUUCAUGCUCCGCCUCGACGAAAAUGACAUGGAGAUGGAGGCGGCGCCCACGUUCCCGAGGAGCACCGCGCGCCGGCUCAAGACAAUGUUUGCCCGCCAUGGCGUCGGGGCCCAGAUCAAGAAGCUCAAGGCCCGCGUCGUUGAGGAAGGUGACCGGCGGCGUAGGCUGAAUCUGGACAACUAUGUCCAGAUGAUGAUAGAUCCUCGGCUGGCUGCGUUACACGGAGUGGCCAAGGACUUGGUGGCCAUUGACGGCCCCAGGAACGAGGUCAUCUCUUUGUUGACGGAGGAGAGCGUGGACCUGAAGGUGGUGGCCAUUGUUGGAGGUGCUGGGUUGGGAAAGACCACCCUUGCCAUGGAGGCCUAUCGCAAGAUUGGACGGCACUUCCAGUGCCGAGCUUCUGUGUCCGUGUCACGCACCCUUGACCGUGACAAGCUCUUGAAAGAACUCCUUUCUCAAAUCGACCAGGCUGCAUUUCAUGAUUGUCAGUCGGAGAGGUGGGAUAAAGAUCAACUAAUCCGUCAGAUCCGACACAUUUUGACAGGAAAGAGGUACUUCCUUGUGAUUGAUGAUGUAUGGAAAGAACAAGACUGGAAAUUUGUCAAAGGAGUUUUUCCUGACAGUCACAAUGGUAGCAGAAUAAUUGUUACUACACGCAUAUCCAAUGUAGCGAAGUCAACUUGUUCUAACUCCGGCGGUCAGCUCUAUCAAAUGCUACCUCUGAACUACAUUGAUUCCCGAAGAUUGUUCUUUAGGAGAAUUUUCCACUCUGAUAACUCCUGCCCUCCUCAACUAGAGAAGAUUUCAGCUAGGAUCUUAAGGAAAUGUGGUGGUCUGCCAUUGGCUAUAAUUACCAUUGCCAAAUUGCUAUCCAAUAAACAUCAAACCCCAGAUGAAUGGGAGAGACUCCAAGGUUCCAUUGGUACUGGUCUUUCAUAUAAGAGUGAUAACCAUGGAAAUGGUAUGGGACAUAUAUCGUUACUUGGUUAUUGGGAUCUUCCGCACCACUUGAAGACCAGUUUGUUAUAUCUAUGUAUAUAUCCAGAGGGCGGAUAUAUCUCGUGUGAAGAAGUGAAAUGGAAAUGGAUACUUGAAGGAUUCAUUGCCAAAAAACAGGGAAAUUUGUAUCAAGAAGCAGAGAGUUAUUUCAAUGAACUUGUCAACAGAAGCAUGAUCCAGCUAGUCGAUGUUGACGAUGACAACUUUGAACGAUAUUGUCAGGUUCAUGAGAUGGUGCAUGACCUUCUGAUAUCCUUGUCAGAUUAGGAGAAUUUUGCCGCUGUUUAAAGGGUCUUUGCAAUUCCUUGCCAAGCAAGAUCCGUCGGCUCUCCCUGCAAUCUAGUUGGGCUUGAACAGGAAGGGCCAAUCCAUGCCAUCAGAAGAAGCAAGUUACAUGCUCGCUCAUUGAAUGUGUUCGAAGAAACAACGCACAUACUGCCACUUGUAGGAUCCCAGCCUUUGCACAUGUUUGAUUCAUGUGAGGUAUUUUUUCUGUGUGUGACAAAGUGGUGGUGCCUUUGGCGCCGACCAUUGAUCUCAAUCACAAACCAUAUCUGUGACAUUACAUUCCCAUCAGUAAUUUCUGAAUGAUAAGCUUGAGCUGCGCGGUUAUGUGCCCUGUCAUUGUAUUUCCUGGGAAUAUGUAUAUCCUGAACUUGGGCGUUGCUUGUCAGGGCUGUCAUUGUAUUUCCUGGGCAUAUGUAUAAGCCGCUACUGUAGAUGAUUCCUGAUUUCCCCAUGACCAGGGUUGUUGUGAAGAUCUCUAGAUGAAGCGGCGUGUGCUACAAUCUGAUUCUCUACUGUGAAUAUGAUAUCUCCUGUUGUGAUUGUUGUGGCUACUUGGUCAGCCACCUGAAGAGGCCAAUGCUUGUGCUUGGAGUGAAGAAGUGACUUGCACACCUUCUGAUGGGGUGCUAAUGUUACCCUGCUGCUGUUCUUCUUGCACUUGAUUGUAGAUAUGCUGGUAAUUGUAUGAUCUGCUGGCUUC